AUGGAUUCCGGUAAACGAAUCAAAGCAAGCACAAGUUACAAGCCACACGUCGAACACGUCCAACACAAAACACCUGUUUGUAUUAUGUAUGAUGAUGAGGAGGAGGAGGAGGAGGAGGAGGAGGAGGAGGAGGAGGAGGAGGAGGAGGAGGAGGAGGAGGAGGAGGAGGAGGAGGAGGAGGAGUCUUGGGCAAAUCCUAUGUCAGCCCUGUCUCGUGGAAUAUUGAAAGUUCAAAUCUAA